GGAAUCUGGCUAGAGAUAGGAGACGGUGCCCAGUGUUAUCCACUUCUUUCUCGUUCCGAUUUCUUCUUCUUGUAUCAGAAAAAAGAAAGAAAAGAAAAGAAAAAUGGCGUCUUUAUCGAGUUGUAAUCAUCCAGGGAAACUCUGUUCGUCGUUUUCACCUUCAUCCCUUAAGUUGUCUUGGGUCCAACGGGUGUCGGUUCAGUUCAUUCACACCCACAGCCACACUUGUUCCCUUCCUUGUGCUCCAAGGGCUCUCACUGUCAUUUCCAUGGCCCCCCCUAAGCCUGGUGGUGGUAAAGCCAAGAAAGUCACUGGUAUUAUAAAGUUAGCUCUCGAGGCAGGGAAGGCAACUCCUGCUCCACCCGUGGGUCCGGCCUUGGGUUCCAAAGGUGUUAACAUCAUGGCAUUCUGUAAGGAUUACAAUGCCAGAACUGCUGACAAAGCUGGUUAUGUUAUUCCUGUCGAAAUCACCGUCUAUGAUGAUAGAAGCUUCACUUUUAUCUUGAAGACCCCACCUGCUUCUGUUUUGCUGCUCAAGGCUGCAGGAGUGGAAAAGGGCUCGAAGGACCCACAGAGGGAGAAAGUGGGAAAAAUAACUAUUGAUCAAUUGAAGGUAAUUGCUCAAGAGAAGCUGCCGGAUCUUAAUUGUUCUACGAUUGAAUCUGCAAUGAGGAUUAUAGCUGGCACUGCAGCAAAUAUGGGAAUUGACAUUGACCCUCCGAUUCUUGAACCUAAAAAGAAAGAGCUUGUGUACUAGUUGUGCCUUUUCUAUUUCCAUGUAAUGUAUCCCUGUAUUAGAAGCAAAAAAAUUUGGAAGAGAAAUAGAUUGACUGCAGAAAGAGGAUCUGCCCGUGUACCUUCGAAUCUUUGUGUCUCUGUCUUUGGACUCUUCAUUCCUUAAUUAUUUUGAAUAUAUGAUGAAUGCCUAA